CACUGGACUUUACUGCCAGCCUACGUAGUGACGUUUGAAUCAAUUUACGAAUUAAUGCAAGUUUGAUCGCUUUAUGUCAAAAUACUGCAGUAGUUGAACUUAUCACUUAGUUUUAUCGCUUUCACUCAGUCGAAGCAAUAGAAAUAUUCCCUCGGGCUAUCAUAUGCACACGCCAGGACAGACAGCCCAUCUCGCUUUAGCAACGAUCGCUGAUGCUGACAACUUGCCAAUCACUAUAUCAGCUAGCAGCUGCCAAUCAAGUAAACCAUUCUAAUGCCUCUCAGCCGUCACUCGUUAAUUUCUCGACUGUUUAUUGGUGGCAGAAAAAGUGAGCGCGGCCCCAGCCUGAUCAGGAACUGCUCCAAAUAUCACGAGUAUUUACAAUUCAAAGGCAUUAGACGCAGAGAUACCCAUCACUCCUGAUCUUGGACCUAGAGAUCUAUCAUGUGAAAAUAGCCGUUAAGUGGCUUGGCGCAUCCUGGCUUUGUGAUAAUAUUGUCUAUUCGUAACUCAAUACGAGCGAUAAGAGAUCUGCUGAGCUUGUCCUGGAUCACAUUUGACGUCCGAGCGCUGUUUUCAUCACAUAUCGGCGGGUGGAUAUCCCUUUUCCGUCCGCUGAUCGAGUGAUCAAAAGUCGCGAGCGCUAGUUUAAAGUAACCUUUCAAUAGGUUGUGCCCCGAACCAGCAGAGCAUCGUUACCCCGUCAAGGUAUAAAAACAUCGUGUGCUGAGUCUAAAAUGCCAUCGGAUUCUUAGCCUCAUGCUGCGAAGGCUUUAGAAUAGACGCAACUCAGGCCUGUACCGACAGAGUAAUAUCUAAUCUCGUCGGCUUGGAGUAGAAACGCCGAGACAAAGUGUCUGUGUGAAUUUAUUCUUUCUCUGUUAUUAAGCAGAGGAUGGAAGCGCUCGAUCCGACUAGCGCUUACUUUACGAAUAACUCCACCGAACUUCAGCCCAACGAGCUUACAUCGGUGACGCAGCUUAGAGAACCUUUCGGCUUGAAAGUGUUUCGCGGAAUGAUUUUCGCAUUUGUGGUCAUCGCGUCUCUGCUUGGGAAUUCAGUUGUUAUCAAGACCGUCUUCGAGAAUUCUCUCCGCAAACCUAUGACGUACUACCUUGUGAGUAACAUGGCUGUCGCUGAGCUAAUUGGUACGGUUCUCGUCCCUUUUAGCUACUCCUACCAAGAGAUCUUCCACUGGCCGUUUGGCGAACUCCUCUGUCAUAUAAUAGCACCAUUGCAAGUGUUAUCUGUGCUGGUAACAACCACAUCACUGGCCGCUAUUGCUCUGCAUCGGUACAAAGUGUUUACGUCUCCUCGGCGAGUCCGCGUGAGCGGUAAAACCAUUACUUGUACCAUCAUCAGUCUUUGGGCAAUCGCCUUCUUCAUCACUCUCCCUUCCUUUCUCUACCUCUCUCACGUUAAGUCGCCGACUCAAAAGGGGAAAUACUGGUGCUUGGAACUCGUCCCAGGGGACCAACUUAAAGACUUUCCCUCGCCUGAAUUGCGCAAAUAUUACAUGAUUCGGUUUUUUUGUAAUUUCGUGAUCCCGGCAUGUGUGAUGAUGUUUUCGUAUGGCGUAGUAAGCCUACAAUUGCGCUUUCAUCGAAAUCGCGCAGUGAGAGACGUGGAGAUGGAAACCGGCAGCGACCGAACGCGCGAGACGAGCGCUUCUACCCAACCACAGCAACAAGGGACAGUAAGUAUGGAGCUGCACGAAGUCGUGCGCUCGCCCCCACAUGCCCAACAACCACAGCACAACGCAAGCAACAGUACGCGAGAACAAGCGACUCGCGAGCGCGCACAGCGCAAACGUCAGGCUAUCUCGGGUCUAGAGACGGACUUACUAAAGAUGAUUUACUUAAUCAUUCUGAUCUUCCUCGUCUGUUACUUCCCUUAUCAAAUAUUCUUUCUGCUGGAGUAUUUUGGCGUUAUGAACUACAAGAAUUGGCAAUACUUCGACAUCACUCGAAUUUACGUGUUUCUCCUGACGUGUUUCCCGUCCGCCAUUCACCCUAUCUGCUAUGGUACGAUGUCCAAGUUUUUCGCGCGCACAUUCUCUCGACUGGUGCUAUGCAGAUGGUCGUAUGGUGACUACCCGUGAAGUUAAAACCCCAAAUUUGAUCCCGUGAUAACAGCGGGUAUGAGAUAAUCCAAAAAGACAACUGGCCCUUCUUCUGUUGACGCAACCCAAUCUAUAUUAAGGAAAACAAGGUGUCUUAGGUGCAGAUUUUUGCACGGGCUUUCAUCUCACACGAUGCAUUAUCAGCGAGAUUUAAUGAGCCCAAGUCGGCGCAUAUGGUUUCAAUACUGAGCAUUACCAGCCAAGACCAUAGCCAAAUGAGGCAUCAGUAGCUCGAUCUUAUGACCUUCGCAUUUAUAGACUAGAUAGACCAAGUGAUUGUACACCAAAUGUUAUUUUUUUUCAGCAUACUCUCGUGUGUAUGAAUUGACAAAUAUUCUAGUCUUAGUGCAAUUGUCAGAAAAUGAAUAUGGUUGUAAUUUAUUGUUGGAGUCGUAAUAGGUUUUUAAACGCUGAUAUGUGCUUUUCUUGUUUACAAUCAUUGGAAGAACAAGUUUUUUGUAGAUGGGUAUUAACCUAGCUGUUGUAUAUUGAUAAGACAUGCCUGUGAAAGGCUGUAAAGUAUAGAUUGAUUCGCAACUCAUAAAGUUAUAAAAUCUUCUUGACCCUU